AUGCCAGAUCAGGACAAAAAGUUGAAGAGCACAGAAAAAGCAACAGAAAAAAAGCCUCCUGGGAUCUCUAUGAGGGAUUAUUCUGAUCUAAAAAGGCUUCAGUCUCUCUUAAGUGUUCAGUCAAGGAACCAACAGCUUCCAGCUAUAUAUUUUGAAAGUGGUCAAAAGACAAGAACUUGGGAAAAUGUCAAAAGCAAUGAACAAAAGUCCAAUGGUCAAUGACAAGAAUCAACAGAAGCUGUUGAGCUUGAAAAAUUUAGUGUGACCCACAAGAAUGAGAGAAAUUUUAACAAGCAUCCCAAGUGUCAGCUGUUUCAAGAUAUCUUCACAGCUUUAGUUAAGGACAGACUUGCCUGCAGGCAAUGGGUUAUUCAAGCUCCAUCCAUCCAUUUUCUUAGAGUAUUAAUCUGCCUGAGAUUAUUAAUAAGGAAUCCAUGUACCAGGUCAGAAAUGCUCGACAGCCUGCGUGGAAUUGAAAAUCUAGCUCAGGUAGAAUUCCUCAUUUUAUAUGGAAAUCGUUAUUUUAAUUACAGAGAAGAGCAGCAUUAAGUAGACAAGUCGGUCAACAUGACAUAUAUUUUCCAAAGGCUUGCUGCUGUUAGAAAGCAAAGAGAAUGGGUUAUAGCAAGUGGAGCACAUAAAACCUUAGUAAAUUUGUUAUCUGCCAGAGACAGCCAUGAGUUUUUUGGUGAACUUCUUUCCGCAACUAGCUCAGCAGAAUGUCCAAAAUGUAGGGAGGAGAUAAGUGAGAUUGUUGAGAAAUUGCUGGUGAUAUUACAUGAACACAAUUUUCUCUCUAACAGGUUCACAGCAGAGUUGCUAUGACUCCUUUGUGCAGAGUCAUGAGUCAAAGAGCAAAUAAAAAUGUAUGAAGGAGUUGCAGUCAUGCUCAGUUUUCUCCAUUCUGAUCACAUCAAACUUCUAUGGAGUACAGUUUGUAAUCUGGUACAAGUUUGUGAAGAUCCUAAGACUAGUGUGGAAAUUUGGAUCUGGGGUAGAAUCAAGCAGCUCCUUCAUAUGUUACAGGAGUAGGGAAAGGCUCAUCUGACCCUUAUAUCAAACUCUUCAGCUGGAAGUUUAUCUAGUGCAAAUGCAGCAGGGAUAAUCCAGUAUCUUCAUUUGUCAGAUGAGCUGAGUCCUGAUGAGAUACAAGAAAAUACUUUCUCACUUCAAGCAGCUUGUUGUGCUGCAGUUACUGAACUGGUGCUCAAUGAGGCUCAUGCUUACCAGCUUAUACAGGCAAAUGCAAUAUAUACAAUAGCAAAGCCUAUUUUACCAGACAAAGAAAGAAAUGCUGAAAAAGCCAGUUUAUUGCAAUAUUAUAUUUUCAGAGCCCUGAAAUUUCUCUUCAGUAUGGAAAGAAAUCGACAUAUUUUUGAAAGUUCUCUCCUUCCUGGUGGGGAAGCUGACUUUUGGCUUGCAAAGCGAAGACAAGAAAACAGCAAACUUGCCUCAGUAGUGGGAACCAUCCUAUACUCGUGUCCUGAAGUUGUAAAGUGUGAGCUGUAUGGAGAGAAGGCUGAUGUCUGGGCUGCAGGAUGCAUCCUUUAACAGAUGGCCACUCUGAACCCACCAAUAGUUUCAAGGGACAACACUUACCAUAUUGGAUCCUCAAAUAAAUACUGGGAUAUUUUUCUUCAACACACUGUAGUUUUUUUUUUUUUUCACAUUGUACGGGCUGUGUAUGAACCUGUGCCAGAAGGACUGUACUCUGAAAAAGUCUCAUUUACCAUUAAGAGCUGCUUGACUCCUGAUGCAGAGGCACAUCCAGACAUAGUGGAGGUCAACUCACUGCUGUCAGAUGUGAUGAUGAAGUACCUGGAUGUUUUAUCCACCUCUCAUCUCAUGCUGGAGAAGAAACUGGAUUGGGAGAGGAGACAAACCCAGCAGUACUUCAUGGAGGCUAAUCAAAAUGCAAUAACCUAUCACCAUCAACUUUCCAUUUUAUCUCAGAAAAAUGAUGAGAAGUUGAGUCUGCAUCGUAGCAGCAGUGGAGUAGCCAGUUGCAAAAGUGAAUUUUCAGAAAAUACUGACCUUCCAGUUGACAGUUGUUAGUCUGCACAUGGAAAAGAUGAGGAAAGAACAUAUGAAGCAAUCCUGGUAGAGGAUGACAGGACUAUGGAGAAAGGUAGACAUUAGCAAAAGAAGCAUCAGGUAUUUUCUCUGAAUGACAGUGAGAUAGACACAGUGGACAAUUCAAGCAGCUCUAGUUCAAGUAAUUUGGAAGAGUCUGCUAUUGCUAUAAUUAAACUAAGCCUUAGUGCUUCUGAAAGACAGCCUCAGAUAAGAGAUUAUGUUUACGGUUCUGGAUCAAGACUGCGAUCAGUGUUGGCAGGAAUUGCGGUAUCACAAAGGAAGGUGCAUCAGAUCAGUGGUCCUGUUCAGCAGAUUCUUGUUCAGCUGCACAAAAUUAUCUUCAGCACUCAACUUCCUCCAGCUUUGCAAUGCAACUUGAAAAGGAGAAUCAGUGAGAGAUUCAAGUCCCUCUUCAGUCAGCAGAACAAUCUUUGUAAACUGAAAUUGGAAAUCAAAAACACCAUUUACUACUUGUGGUCAAAUGCUGCUGAAUUGAUUGAACCCAAUAUCUUCACAUCAGAUUGGCAUGGGAUACAUCUUUCUUCAGGUGGAAAUAUGUUGCUUCCAGCUGAUAGAAAAGGCAUUUUUGGCGCUUCUGGCAUGGCAGAAGGGAUGACAUAUGAACAGUUGCAGACUCUAAUUGAAGAGGUUCUAGAGGAAAGUGGUUAUUAUAGUUUCUCUUCUUACAGGCCCAGAGAGUGCCGAAGGAUGCUGCUGUUAACAGGUAAGGAGGACACACAAAGCAGCAGUGACAUGCCUGGGCGUUCUGGAAUACACAGCCUUGAACCUGCAUCUCUGGGGAGAAACUGCAAUGGAAAUCACAAAAUUUCUUGGGCACCAAAAUGCUUCUACACACCUCUUCAUGGUCCUGGGACAACGGGUUAUAAAGCUAUCAAUGUUCUUGCUUCUAUUUGUCACAGUCCUCGCAGACAGGCGAGAGAGGCCACCUGGGAGAAUUUCAUGCAGCUUCUGUGA